AUGGCUACUACAACCUCUCCACCUCGCGUCGCCAUCAUCGGCGCCGGACCUGCUGGUCUCGUCCUCCACCUCACCCUCAUCAAGCGCGGUGUUCCCUCCAUCCUCUACGAGCGCGAAGCAAGCCCGAACGCCCGAAUUCACCUCGGUGGCACUCUCGACCUCCGCUGGGCGUACGGCCAACGCGCACUCUACGAGAACGGCCUCGAGGCCGCCUUCAAGGCCGUUUCCCGCCCCGAUGGCGACGAGACGCGCAUGUGCGGCAAGGACGCGCGCGUCCUCCUCGAAAUCAUCGCCGACGGUGACACGCGCCCCGAAGACAUCAGCCCCGAAAUUGACCGCCCCGCGCUGCGGCAGAUCAUCCUCGACGCCGUCCCCGCCGACUCCGUCAAGUGGGGCCACGCGCUCACCUCCGUCACCCCGCACGGCGACGGCACCCACACCCUCUCCUUCGCGAAUGGCCACACCACAACCGUCGACCUCCUCGUCGGUGCAGAUGGCGGCGCGUCGCGGAUCCGCCCGCUCGUCUCCCCCGCGCAACGCUUGUACGCCGGGCUCACCGGCGCGGAGAUCGUCAUCGAGCGGGACGUCGUGGACCGCGCCGACAUGGCGGACGCGCGCGCCCUGAUCGGGAACGGCUCGACGUUCGCGAUGGAGGGCGGCAAAGUCCUCGCCGCCCAGCGCAACAGCGACGGGCGCGUGCUGACGUACGCGUGGUUCCGCGGCCCGGAGGACUGGCCGCUCCCAUCGGACGCGGCGGAGGCGCGGGUCUCUCUCCUCCAGAAGUUCGAGGGGUGGGCGCCGGUGCUCCGCAAGUUCAUUGAGCACGGUGCGGACGACGGGAUCUACCACCGUCCUCUGUACAUGCUUCAACCGGGACUGCGGUGGGAGCACGUCGACGGGGUGACGAUCAUCGGGGACGCAGCGCACGUCAUGACGCCGUUUGCUGGGAUGGGGGCGAACGUGUCGAUGCUGGAUGGGCUGGAGAUGGGGUUGGCGAUCGCGGAGGCGGUGAACGCAGGGGCGAGCAAGGAGGGGCGGGAGGCGGCCAUCAAGAAGGCGGAGGAGAAGCUUUUUGAGGAGAGCGCGAAGUGGACGGGCAUCACCGCUUUCAACAUGGAGAAGAUGACCGGGCCAGAUGCUCCCCAGUCCGCGGUCGACGCGUACAAGCUUGGGAAGGGGAGUCUGUAG